AUGAUUUCAGUGUUGCCUGCACCUUGCACAUUCUCUGUGCUCCUCCAAUUCGGUCACCCAGCUUUGCAGUACUUUCGCAAGGUCCGAAGUGGCGGCGUGCUAACGGAUCUUGACUACGUGUUGUUCAGCAUUUACUUUGCUAUUUGUGCCAUCUGGAUGUUCUUGGAGUCCACCCUGCUGUGGCCUCUUUUGGAUUAUUGCCCGCUGUUUGUUGAGUUCAAGAUGUUGUUUUUCUGGUGGCUAGUGUGCCCUGAGUACAAAGGUGCAGCUUAUCUGUGGUUCUCCCACAUCAAGCCCGCGUACCAGAAAGCAGACGCCAAGUACUACGACAAGUUCAUUUCUGCGCUGCACAAGGCAGCUUUACCAGCAAUGCCUGCAACUACCAGCGCAGCGCCUGAAGUUAGCAACAAGGAGGAGGUGAUUCGUGAUAUGCUUGACAAGAAGGCACUGCUUAUGGGGGCGGACCCCAACAUAAGGCGGAUACUUCGCUUCCUCUCCAACAUCUGCUGCGUGCACGCGAAUGACGGACGCAGCGCAUUGCACAUUGCAGUGGCCGCGCGCCAUCAAACGGUCAUGUGCGUUCCUCUAGAAAGCAAGAGUGCUUGCAGCGAGGCAUGGGAGAGAGGUGCAGCAGCAUCGAAGUUGGUCGAGGCAGAAGUCUUGUGCCAUGCUGGGCGUGACUGA